AUGUUACUUGGACGGUUCUGUAAUAUAGAUAUUACUAGUGGAGCCUCCUUCAAUGUUUCUAAAUUAACACAAAUUUUAUCUGGGAGUGUAGUGACUCUCCAUGAUAGUCUUCAAUUGUUUGGUAUCAAAACGGGUACUUUAGAGUUCUCUGGAUGGAUGAUAGUAGACGGUGUCUUUUCUAUUCAAGCCGACAACAUUUCUUUUUCUUCUUCUACAAUAUUUCAGGUCAUGAACAGAGCACCACGUGAUGUUGCAAUUUUCAGUAUCAAAAGUCACAUCUCCUUUCCACAAAACUUUUCUUUCUGGCCUGGGUUCAACACUUUCGACUUCGACUUCGCGUUUUCAGAAGAGGAAAUGACCAUCGAACACAUACCAAGUGGCUUCACCUUACUACAAAAUGGAAGACUAUUAAGGUACGGGUCAACAUCUAUUAUAUAUUGUCAUCUAAUCGCACCAAAUAUAUAUCUUGAACCAUAUUGCCCUUUUAAUGGAUGUUAUUUGGCUAAUAUCUCUCAAUAUUUGUAA